AUGACUGUAGACUGCCUUGGAAUGCUGAAGCAGCUCUCUGAAUGUGAGGGAAAGCUAUUUCCCAUUGGGUACCAGUGUUCCCGGGUGUACUGGAGUACAGCAGAUGCUCAGAAGCGCUCUUUAUACACCUGUAAGAUUCUGACACGUCCCCCACUGUUUGGGGAGCAUGAAUCUAAGAGCACAGCUAAACUGAAGGAGAGCAAAACACUUUCUUCUAGUCACUUCUCUGACUCAGGGGACCUGUCUUCCUUAGCACCUGAGGAAAUCAUAGUGGGUCUGCCAAGGAGCACACUUUCUUCUCCUUUGCUCCCAGUCGCCUCCCAAGACCUUUGGCCAAAGGUCCCAAAGAAACAGAAAAUGUCUUCCGUUGAGGACCAGAACUGUAAGAUUAGUUCAUCUAGCUCGAAAGACCGAAGUAAAAUUCUGGUGGUUAAGGUGGAUGGCACACAGAAUAGCACUUCUAGCUUAGUAAAGACUGAAACCCUCACAUGUGCCAGAGCACUUCCGGCACCUGUGGCAUUAGUCAGAACAUCAAAAUUGAAAAAAACAAAUUGUAGGAUGGAAGAAGCGAGGGAGAGGAAUCGUGACACUAACACCAGCGCAGCAUUUGGCACAAAGACUACAAGCUCCUCAAAAUUUAGAAUAGUGAAACAUAGUUUUCAGGUUGAAAAUAAAACUUCAAAGCUCAGAGUCAGUUCAGCUCUAACGCCUACAAAUGUUCCUUCCAGUGGGAGUAAACCAGGCAUCCCCUCCUCUGACACAACAGCAGUUUUCCACACAUCUGCAAAGCAAGAUAUUCUGAGGUCCUCAAAGUCACAGUUUUUUCCUUCUACAUCCAUGGGUUCAGAGAAAUCAGAGUUGAAUUCUCAGCAGAGCACUCUGGAGAACUCCUUCACCCAUGAAAAUAAGGGAAUUGCAAUCAACAACUGUGACAGCAUUGUGUUGUCCAAGCGGCGAUACCCUCACCGUAGCACUCGGGCCCAUGCCAACAUGUUUGGUCACAAACCUUUCUGCAAUGUUGGCUCCUAUACAGAAAAAGGAGUUCCCUUGUAUCAUAGGAAGAAUGAUACAAGCAGUUUGAGGGGCACAAAAAGCAAGUCUUCUGCUAAAGGCCAGGUGGAUGCAAUGGCCUGUGUAUCCACUUCUUCUUCAGGGGAGAGUGGAGAGGAAGAGGGGAGUGAGAUGAACAGAAACACAGAAGCCCAUUACUAUAAUUUCACCCGUACUACAGUCAGCUCGAAAACUGGGGCUCUUUCUACAGGGGAAAUUGCACUAUGCUCGAUCAAAGAGCCUCAAGCUAAAACAAUGAGGAAAGGAAGGGAAAAGAAAGCUACUAAAGAAGGAUCUGUUCUGACAGGUUGUCCACACAACCUUAGGAUUACCCAACUGGAUGGUAUUGAUGAUGGCUCGGAAAGUGACGCCAGUGUAAGCACUUCCUCCAUCCCAAAAAACGACAGUAACAGAAGGAAAGUCAGGGAGUGUCAGAUUGAUGCUACUAAGACAGACUCAGGAAAAGGGGUAGAAAACAGCACUGGUAUAAGAGAGAAUAGCAGUGGCAGUGCUCAUGAAAGCAGGAGAAACCGAAGAGAGGCCUGCCUCCCAUCAGAGGUCCAGUCAUCAAUCAGUACAGACCUUCUGAACAUUGGUAGUGAUGACUGUAGCAACAUCCUGCCUUCUGACAUAAUGGAAUUUGUUCUCAAUACACCCUCUUUACAAGCACUAGGACAACAAGAGGCAUCUUCUUCUGAGCUGGUGUGCCUGGAAGAAGGGUUUGGGCUUCAAGCGGACCAGGGGAAAGAUAUUGGCCUGUUUGAGGAUUUUGCCCAGCCAGUAUCAGUAGAGUCUGGCACUAGAGUUUCUGGGGAAGAGCAAUACAGCCUUCCUCUGGUCCUGCCUUCUGACCUCUCUGUGCUUACCACCACCUGCCCAUCAGUUAAUGAACCAAAACAUGGUGGUCUGAUCUUGAAACAUAACGUUGCUUCUACAUCACCACGUGACUUGACAGUUUCGAAAGGAAUAGUCAAGCAGGGAGGAGGGAAUGAGGGUUCUGCAGAGGACCAGCAUAGUGGAAACAGAACUGAAGAUUUGUCAGUCAAAGAAGGCCAGCCCAAACCUUUGACUAAGGAUCUUAUGGAGGCUAACAGCAUAGCCUUUCCACCUCUUAGCCAGGCAAUGGAACCAGAGACUAAGGAUUUGAAGAAGACCUCUGUAAUGUCAAGUUCACCCAGUAUGCCUCUUCAGAUGCAGAAGGUCACGCCUGUUCCUAUGGAAAUUCAAGACCCUUUGCAGGCAGCCAGCAUCGCAGCUCACUUGACACCAAGCCAAGAAAACGUCAUUGUCUUGAAUCAACCCCUGCAACCCCUCUAUCUUGUCCAUUCUCUUCCCAAUGGUGGUACGCAGAAGAUCCAGAUUGUAGCACCUGUCAGCACAACAGGAGGGAUAGAUGCCAACCUCUCAGCCUUGAACUCCAUGACAGGGAAGUUGGAAACGACUGCUGGUCUCAAUACUGGAAUUACUGCCACUCAGGCCAUGUUUUCCCCUACUCUGAAUGGUGCUGUUCUUCAAGCUUUCACUGAUCCAAAGCAAACAAACCUCCAGCCAGGACUUUCACAUACAUCAGGCUUCCUCCCUGGGGUUCAGUCGCACAACUCAAACAUAAUGGGAACUGUAUCUGGGUUUGACAUGACUUCAGUCUCUAGUGCCUCAUCUCCAUCUUCCAUGGUCCUUACCUCUGGGCAUGGCACAAAGCGCCCUAUCUCUCGACUUCAGCCACGCAAAAUCAAGAAGCUAUCUCGAUCUAGUAACAAGCUCAGCUUAGCUCCCUCUGAUGUUAGAUCCAGAAGGACACUAGUCAAUGUUUUGCCCUCACAGAUGGCACCUGGGCUGGUACAGCUGGGUACUUUAACCACAGCAGCCAGCACAUCUCAUCAGAAAGUUUCUCAUCUUGUCAAAUGGCCUAAACCAGGAUAUGUGUAUUUGGAGCCAGCAACAGCUGUACUGUCACAAGGAAUGUCUCUCAGUUCUGGGCAACCUAGUUGCAUAGGGCAGGAGAACCAAACUCCCUUGUUGCCGUGCACUGUUUCUGGACUGAAUGUGGUAUCUGUGCCAGGCAGAGCUCCCAGCAGCAUUGUGGGUCCAGACCCUCUUAACACCCAAGAGCCACAAAUAGUCCUUCAGUCAGGGACCUCACAGUUCAUCUCACCAUUAGCCAGCCACUCCCAAGCCACUGUGACUAAUAGUAUCUGUGUGUUGUCAACCCAUCAGGUUCUGGGCGUUAACCAGUUCACAGAUCAUGAGAACAUGUCCUGCCUUGAGCACCAGUCUGUCACUCAAGUGGAGCUUGACAGACCCCACAAUCUGAAUGCCAGUGCAACCACCCUUGGAUCUAUACCUGUGGAACAAAACCUUAAAUCCCAUGGAAAAAAUGGGAAUCUCGUGGUUUUUACAUCCCAAAACCAUCAGGACUCUGAUCGGUGUCAGGGACGUAACAAAGCUGCAGUGAAUUCAACAUCAGAGACUGAAAAGGCCAGUGGGAAGAAAAACAACAGCUGUCAGGAGAAAGAAAGAGCAGACAUUGCAUGCUCAUUGUCUCCUAGCAUUUGUGACAAAACAGUUUCUCCUGAACCUGUUCGCACUGAGGGGAAAACAACUAGCAAGAGUGUGACAGAUGAGGUUGAGUCUUUGGAGAAGUGUGAGGUUAAAGUGCCUACAGAUCCAAAAACAGAAGAGGGAUGGUUGUCUGCCCCACCUGUGUCCAUUUCAGACGGUGUGCAUCACAGGAAAGCUCUCCUUCAGUGUGAAAAAUCUGCCAAAGGGGACAAAUUUAGAAGGCAGGUCACAUUUGUGGUCAAAGUUGGGAAAGUCAAGCUUCAGCUUCUAAGCAUGGAGGUGCCUCACAGAUAAAGUCCAACAGACUCGCUGUAAGGCUGGACUGAAGAAGCUCUCCUUUGAAGGAGUGGAUGGACUGCGGAUGCUGGGUGUGGUCCAUAGCACAGUUCUGUUCCUUCUAGAACACCUUCAUGGCAGCCACCG